AUGAAGAACCCUAAAGAAAACACAAUUGUUUGUAGAAGGUUACACAGAGUAAAUAUGAUAUAUGCUACGGUCAGUAAUAAUUAUAAUUACAUAUGUAUAAUUACAUUUUGUGAUAAUAUAUAUAAUGUCGAAUUAUUUAGUACACAUAAUAGUAUGCACAAAUUAUUUAGGAAAUGUAUAAAUGAUGAAUUGAAUAAGGUAUAUAUUAGUAAUAAUAAUUCUUAUAUUUGCGUAACUACUAAAACAGGUAGUAUGUAUAUUCUUAAUAUAAAAGGAAAAAUUAUACAUAAAAAAGAAUCUCUUCAUGCUUUAUAUAUAUGUAAAAAGAAUAACAAGACACUGCACGGAAAAAUAACUCAAAAUGGUAUAAAAAGAAAAAGAAAUCAACAAGGGGAAUACCAUAAUGAAGAUCAGCAUGAAUAUCCUCAUGUAUCCAAAAUUAGGAAAGAAGAAUAUAACUCUGAUUUAUUAAAUAAAAUAAAGGAACAUAAAAAUGAUAAUACACCUAUUGUAAACAGUCCUGACGAGGUUAUUAAUUUGGAAAGGUAUCAAGAAUUAAUUGAUGAAAGACAAGAGAAAAAAAAUAAAAAUAAAAAUAAUUAUAAUAAUGAUAAUAAUAUAAGAACGUAUCAAAAUCAUUCCAAAAACAAAGAACAUGAAUAUACUAUACAUAAUCUUUAUCCCAUAAAAAAUGAAAAAAACAAAAAAAAAUCGAAUUUACAAUGGAAUGAAACCAAAAUAAUGAAUUCUAAUUCUUUGUUUUGUUCCGAAUUAUCAUCUGUUAAAAAUUAUUUAUAUGAUAAUAGUAUUAUGUCCAUAAGUAGAGCAGAAAAUGAUAUGUGCACAAAUAAUACAUCCACAAAUAAUAUAUGUACAAAUGAUUUAUGUACAAAUAAUUUAUGCACAAAUAAUAUAGACAACGAUAUAAAUUUAUCGACGGAUGAACAUAAGGAUAGGGGCACGUAUGCAUACCAUAAAAAAUGUGAUACAUAUAAUAACAGAUAUAAUGGUGAAGAUAAUGAAAUGUCUUAUGCUAAGUGCAUUCAUUCUUGUGAUAAUAAUAAUUUAAAGGAAAAGGAUAUACAAAAGAAGGAAUAUGAAAAACAAGGACUAGAAAUAUUCGAUAUUUAUUGGAUAACUAUAGAGAAAGAUAAUAAAUAUGAAUUUAUUGAAAAGUCUGAUUAUAUACAAAAUUAUAAUUUUCAUAAUAGUAUACAUAUUAUAUACAGUCUGGACAUAGGCUUUUAUAUUUUAUGUUCGAUUAAUUUAAAAAUUAUUAUAUAUAAAUAUAAUAUAUUAGAAAAUUUUUAUAAAAAUAUUAAUGUAUAUAAUAAAAUAAGAAACAAUAUUUCGAAAUAUUUUGAACAAGAGUUAUUAUACAAACGCUCAAAAGAAACAAAUGAAAAGUAUUUAAAAUUUUUAAAAAUAUAUACGAGGAAAUCAUUUUGUAUUGAUAAAAAUUAUAAUAUGAAUAUUUCUUAUAAUAGAUAUAUGAAAAGAACACAAAAAUCAAAAAAAAAAAAAAGCAUAAAUGUUAAGAGUAAUAUAACAUCUGUCAUCUCGAACAAUAAUAAUAAUAAUAAUAAUAAAAAAUUUAUGUCCGCACUUUUUAAUAAUCAUGAUAUCAGAAAAUAUUUCUCCUUAUCAUUUAACGAUAAUCAGGAAAAAAAUAAUUUAUUCUCAAAUGAUUAUAAUGACGACAAAAAAAAGUUGUCAUCAUAUAAAAAUAACAACAUGUUGAAUGUAAAAAAUCAUAUAGUGCAACAGAUAUUUAAUGACUCCUUUUUUGAUAUAAAGCAGUCUUAUAUAUCUCAUGACCAAAAUUAUAUAUUGAUAAAUUAUUAUUUAAAUAUAAAAAAGAAAUAUGUCAAAUUAUCAAACUUAAGCAUUUACAAUGGGAAUAAUAUAUACCCUCAAGUGAACAAAACAAAAAUAAAAACAAAUAACAACAAUGAUGAGGAUAACAACAAUGAUGAGGAUAACAACAAUGAUGAGGAUAACAACAAUGAUGAUGAUAACAACAACAAUGAUGAUCAUAACAACAAUUAUGAUAACAACAGUAAUAACAAUCUUCAUUAUAAAUCAUAUGUUGAUAUUCAAAAAAUAUGUAAAAAUAGAGAUAGAAAAAAAUACCAUCAUGCAUAUAUGAUUCCAUCACAUAAAUAUAAAUCAUGUUUAGUAGGAAUACAAAAAAUUCAAAGAAUCAAUAACAAAGAAUGUAAAUAUAUUGAAAUGCUUGUCAUAUAUAUCCUAUACAGCUAUGAAAUCCUUAGGACUAUCCUUCAUAUAUAUGAACGCAUGUCUAAUUUAUAUUCUUCAUUCGAUGGUUAUCAAAAAUUAUAUGAUAUAUAUAAAAAUAUUUUAUUAUUACCAGAUGCUAUUAAAAAAUAUUAUUACAAAGAUAGAUGUAUCAUUCAUUUUUCGAAGUAUAUAAAAAAUAGAAAAGAAAAUUUUGAUGAAAAUUUAUAUAACUUAUUUUUUAAAGAAAACGAAAAGAAAGAUUUUGACAAGUAUUAUAAAAUAAUCAAUAAUAUGAUAAAUCAAAAUACCGUCUGCUGCGCUUGUGCUAAGUAUAAUUAUUUUAAUCAACAAAAAUAUAAACAAACACAACAAUCUAUUAACUACCAUCAAGAUAUACAAAAAAAAAAUAUAAUUCUUAAUUCAAACAACCAAGAAAAACAUCUUAUAAAUAUUAAUAGAAAUGUUGUGUAUCAAUCAAAUGAAUGUGCAAGAAUAAAAACACCAUCCAAACCAAAAAAAAUCAGUGAUAUAUCAAGUAGUCGACAGGUUAAUAAAAAUGCUGGAAAUACAAAUGGAAAAAUGUCACACAAGGAUGGUAAUAAUUUUAUGAAAAUGGAAAAUGAAAUGAAUAUAUAUUCUAAAAUAAGUAAAAGUUCAACAAAUUGUGUAGAAGAAGAAAAUCAUUUUUGUAAUAGUAAUUAUCAUGAUGGUGAUUUUCAUAAAGGUGACCAUCACAAUGAUGAUUUUCAUAAAGGUGACCAUCACAAUGAUGAUUUUCAUAAAGGUGACCAUCACAAUGGUCCUUUUCAUAAACAUAGAUACUACAAUUUUAAUAAUUACCCUUAUAACGAUGGUGAUACACAUUACAGUAGCGAGAACGGCUCAAGUAUUGACAUGGGUGAUGAAGAUAAUAUCCUAAUCGCAGAAUGGAAAAUAGAAAGGAAAUUUUUGAAGAGUAGAAAAUUUUAUAUAAAAAAUGGAGAUAAUAUAUGUAAAAAUUGUAAAGAGAUUUUAAAAAAAGAUGUAUUAGAACAUUUUGAAAAGUUUGAAUUAAAUUAUGAUAUACCAAGAAAAAAUAUAAAAUUAAAUGAAGAAGAAAUAUAUAACUCAUUAAUAAAAGAUAUAUAUAUUAUGUAUAAAGAAAAGAAAUGUCCUCUAAAUAUAUUACUAUUGUUACAAGAAAUAUCUGAUAAAGAUUUAGAAAUGUAUAUGAAUAAAUUUCAACCAAUUGUUUGUUUUUUUGAAAAAAGAUUUCUUCAAGAUAUAAAUGAACAUUUAAAUAAUUUAUAUAAAAUUAUUAACAUAUGUAAACAAUUAUUUGAUAAUAUUAAUUUAAUAUUAAAAACUAAUAUUUCUAAUGAACAAAUAAAUAAAUUAUAUGAUAAUAUUUUAUUUUGUUUAAAUACAUUCAAAUCAUUUUAUGAAUUACAAAAACAUUUAAAUAUAUUCUUACUAUUAAUCGAAUUAUUAUUAUUUAUAUCCAAAAAUAUUUUUUUUGAAAAUUUCCCACAUUAUAAAGAAACAUUUUCAAAUUAUAAAAAUAUAGAAAUAUUAAAAAAUUAUAAUUUCGAUAAUAAUCAAAAAAUCAAUUUUAAUUUUUUUGAUAAUCAUUUACAUUCAAAUCAUUUUAAGACACAUAAUCUAUAUAUUAAAUUGAAUAAAAUUAAAUAUAAUUUAAUUUUUAUACUUAAGUCAUUUUCACAAAAUAACAAUUUACAUCAUUUAUAUAAUUUUGCUAUAUUAAAUGUUCCAGAAAAUACAUUCAAUUAUUUUACCUUGCCAAAAAUUUAUAAUAAAAAAAUGUAUACUCUACAUAAAACAAUAUCUUAUUUUAACGAUUCUAUGUAUAAGGAUUAUAUCCAUCUUCAUCCUUUCUAUAUUUCUACAUGCGAUAAAUAUGCAUUUUUAAAUAUCACAAAAUAUUAUCAGUGCAAAAAAUCAUUUAAAUUGUUACAAAAAAAAUCCCUCAAAAUUAAUUUGUACCCUCUAGAUGUUCUAAAUAUAGUGGCCUUGUCAAAAAACGUCUUUUAUAUAUUUACUAGAUCUGAUCAGAAUCUAAAUAUAACGUCGUUAAAAGUGAAAUAUCCUUCAUUCAAGAAGAAUAUGUUAAAAUCUAAAAAGGAAGACAUCACAUCGAGCAAUAUAUGUGUUUUAAAAUGUACCAACUUGGAGUCAUAUUUUCCAAAUACAAACAAUAUCAAUCUAAAAAUUCAAACCUUAUGUAAUUCUAUCAUAGCAAGCUUCGAACCAGAUAUGUGCUUUAUAUUACAAGCGUGA